GAUGUCUCUAUGGACACCGUACGCGGAAGAGGCGGCCCUGGAUCUGACGAAAGCGGUACCGGUGAAGGCGGAACGCGCCUCGCCGGUACCCGAGUACCGCUACCCGAGCCCUGUACCGCAGUACCCUUACUACGCUGCACCUCAGCUGUCACCUGCAUCUGGAAGCACCUGCUCAUACGAUGAAGCGUAUUUGAAUCGAGGAACGCUGUCACCGCCGGAUUCACCAACGUCGGAGAGAUUAAAAGAUUCGCUGUCAGAUGACCCGGAGUUCCAAGCGUUCGAGCGGGACGCGCUUCGAGCGAUGGCGGAGAAAAACGGAGGUUCCCUAUUGGGCAAUAAUCCUAGAAUGCGUCGCGCUGUGCGUUCGACCAAUCAGAACGCCGCUGACGACUCGUAUAGGUCUCAGCGUCAGAGGAAUAACUUCGCAGCGAAGCAGAGCAGAGACCGAAGGAAGUUGAGAGAGAUCCAUUUAGCCUUGAAGGCUACAUACUUGGGUAACGAAGUGGCGAGGCUCAAGGCGCAGCUGGCCGGCCGGUGUUGUGGAAGAUGCCAGCAUCCCUGCGAAUGCUGA